CGCUGGAUCAUUGUGGGAUCAUUUAAGCAUAAAAGAAAGACUAUGAUGAUUGGGAGCUCAUAACAAGAGUGAAUAAGGGCACUUCGAGAGCCUGAACACGAGCAAGUUUUUCUUGAUUUGAGAGAGCAAAAACAUGUCCUCGUCUUCCGACCCCGUAUUAGAGCGCCAGGCGCAGGCUCAAGACUUUGGGGGCAACAUCCGAGACCGACUCGCUGGUGUGGAAGCUUUACCGCUUUCAGACCGGCUUAGCCGCUUACUUGACGUAUACAGUAGCGCAACUACCGAGAGCAGCCUACCACCGCUACCGUGGACAGCAUCGCAAAACAACGCAAUCUCAGGAACGACCAAUUCUGCUGCCAUGACGAGUGGAACGUACCUGCGCGCAGUUGGGGUCACACUGAUUAUGGAACAAAAAUCAACAGACAUGAUUGGCAUUGGUUUUCGCAUCCUUCCUCCAUGCUUAUACAUAAAAAAAACAAAUAUAAUUAAUACGAUUAGGCGAUACCACCUUAGGACACAAAUGGCCUUUUUUCUUUUAGGACUACGUGAAAAAGACGACUUCAACUUCUACUUCCUCUCUAAACAAAAGGCAUCCCUGAACUCGAUGAUGGAUAUUCCUUCCCCUGUGGUAGAACGGCAAAACCAUAGACCCGAAGUUGAGGUUGAAGAAAUGGUACCGGAGUGCAGAUGCAGACCAGUCUACAUAGCCCGCGACGAGCAGGAAGCUUGCAUGAUAGAAGCGACCGUGAAUAGCGUUCGUGUUAGUUUUCGCUUCCGUCUGGCGGAUGAGACGGAAAGGACACUGGUGAGCAUGUAUGCUCGCUUUUUGACGCAGCAAAGUCGGAGGAGCUUGUCGUCGAGCCAUAAUAUUUUGGCGGACAUUUUACGGAAAGAGCCAAUGCCGAGUUACGACAUAACGUUUUUAUUCACGGCAGCAGCCCAACUACCGCAAAAAGUUCUCUGUGGUGCGCCAGAAGACUUGCGGUUACUGAAAAAUCCGGUUGCGGAUUUGCCACGUGGAGUUACGCAGGAGUAGAGAAUAGAUAGAUGAUAGCUUUAGUACACCCUAGCUGCUAGUGCUGUAAAAAGUACUUAAAAGAAAGAUUCUCAUCUUCUUGCAAAGCCACGACAGCUUUCGAUGUAGUACCUCCUCGAAAAAUUUCUUAAAAAUCUUAAAUCCACCCCUAAAAAUCCGAGCAACUACGGCGAGAUGAAACAUCGAAGUCUUGGCGGAAUUCAUGCUCCUCACGGCACCGACCCUGUCGACGGUUCCACAGCUCCAGUCGAGCUGACCAACUUCAGUACAGCCUCCAGUGCGAAAAUUAGGUGUCGUUUUUUUAUCACUAAUAUCCCGUGUGGACGACUAUACAACUGAGUGGACGAGUCCUCCGUGAUUUAAAGGGUAAACUAGGGGGAAACGUUAAGAGGGCAUCCCUUCCCACUCGAAUCGGGAAACUACUUAUAAAUAUUGAAAAACUACCUUUAAGAAAAGCAAUGAACCCGACAGCUUGGUUAGUUGGGACGCGAUCAUAGCACGCGGGGAGACCGUGACUAUGCUUAAGGCUUGGAAGUUGACAACAUCUCUGUGACAGACAUAUCUAUGACUUUUUCAAGUACAAAAGUCAUAGAUCAUAUGCGACCUGGAUCGGUCAAGUUGCAACCCCUAAUAUGCAGACACAGAGCAUAGAUAAGCAGGUGAAUUUCGUUUUGCGCAUAGUGGAGGAUUUCGAUCGCGACAUUAAAGAUUGGAAGUUGGCGUUGAAUCGUCGGCUACGAAGCGCAGCGAAAGCUUACACCGCUUGGGAUCAUUUGCCGAACUAGGUAGAUGAUUCUCCUUUUAAAUAGCUGCUCUAGAGGACAUGGACAAUAAUCUGCCACAUGAAGAGACGCCAGGAAAUGCGGUUGCCGCCGCCGCGACCAAUCAUCUCAUAUCGUCCCCAAUCAUUAAGCGCAGCGCCUCUAGAGGACAACAAUCCGCCACAUGAAGAGACAGUCGCGCGCAACGCCACAGAAAUACGCCAGGAAAUGCGGUUACCGCCGCCGCGACCAAUCAUCUGAAGAUGUUGUUGACCGCCGCGACCAAUCAUCUGAAGAUGUUUUGGAUUUGGGUUUGGAGAUUUCAGAAAAAGUUUCUGGCCACCCACAGGGGCGAGAUUCGUUUCGCACACAGCAGACAGGCGGAGACAACAUGAUGCCACGAAGAGAGAAAGAUAAUAAGCGUGUCACUUGAUCCGGCUUCAUCCUUGUCAAGGAAAAACGACGUCAGGAUGUUGUUGAGCCUAAAUGAAAUCUGUUUCUGUAGUUGUACAAACGUUGUCCUCUCACCAGACCCAACACAAUGCCUCGGCCUCGCAUAAGAUCAUGAGACACAAUUACCGCAUUAUUGCACGUCUCUUUGUAGUUCCAUGAGGCAAGGUAGGACAUCAUGUACUUGUUUAUAGAUUUAUUUGCUUCUCUGGCACUGGCUCUUGAAAAAAUUCACCAAUUCUAACGUCCCUGUCAGACGCCCCGAAGAACCUGAGUGAAGAAAGUUGAAAGGUCAUGAGAAUCAAUAUGAUCUUUCUCAGAAUCGUCG